AACAGCAACAAAAGCUUUUGUUACUUACACCAAAACAAACCUAGCCUCUUUUCACCCCCGAUAAACAACGGAACCUUUCAAAAAUUUCUUAAAAAGGAACAUCAUCAAUACAUCCCUAAGUACUUAUCACAAUCCUAUUAUUACCAAAAUGGCUGAAACCAAGAAAGAAACCAAGGAAGUUGUAAGCAUCGACGAAAUCAUGUCUAAAUUGUCCCUUGAGGACCAAACUAGUAUGAAGAAGUUGCUUUAUGGAAGCAACUAUGAACCUUUGGAACUUCCCGAAACUGUAAUGAACUUUGCAAAAAAAAUGCAAUUCGAAAUUGGAAGCUACAGGAUCAUAAGUACCCCUGAGCAAGUCCGUAAAGCGAGGGUUGUGAGGAUGGCUGCUCUGCAAACAAAACUUCCUCUCCCCACAACUGCCCCUGUAAUUGAAAUGCGGGCCGCAAUAUGGAAGCGAGCAGAAGAAGCCAUCGAACUUGCUGCCAAAGCUAAAGUUAACAUCUUCUGCCUCCAGGAACUAUGGACAAUGCCCUACUUCUUCUGUACUCGUGAAAAGCAACCGUGGUGCGAAUUUGCCGAGCCAGCUGAAAAUGGACCCACCACGAAGUUCCUUCAAGUGCUUGCCAGAAAGAAUAACAUGGUUAUUGUAUCUCCAAUUUUGGAAAGAGACGAGGUCCAUUCCGACGUAAUUUGGAACACUGCCGUUGUAAUUGACAAUCACGGGGACGUUUUGGGAAAACACCGUAAAAACCACAUCCCCAGAAAUGAAGACUUCAACGAAUCAACGUAUUACUUCGAGGGGAAUACCGGUCACGAAGUUUUUAAGCGCUGGUUGUGCGUGGUGUGA